GAGACACUAUCUGGAGCUCACGGACGGAACGGAACACGACACGAACAACGCAGCGGAGGAAAAGCCAAAGCAAACAACAGAAGCCGAAAAGGCGGGAACACAACAUCGCUGUUUGUUUCAUGUCAGGUAUCUGGUUUAUUUGAGUACAGUUUCUUUUGAGUGCUGACACGUCUUCAUUUCGCUGUAUUCAAAAUGGUUCGUAGAGGAACUUUCAUUGUGUUUGAAGGCUGUGAUCGAGGCGGAAAAACCACGCAGUGCAAAAAGCUAGUCGAAGCGUUGAAUAAGAAAAAUAUUCCUGCAGAAUAUAUGAAUUUUCCUGAUCGCACGACAGCUGUUGGGAAAAUCAUCAACGACUAUCUGAAAAAGAAUAUUGAACUUCCUGAUCACGCUGUGCACCUAUUAUUCUCAGCGAAUCGAUGGGAACUUGAACCUGUGAUAAGGAAAAAAUUGCAUAGUGGUGUUUCCCUUGUGGUGGAUAGAUAUUCCUACUCUGGUGUUGCCUUUUCUGCAGCUAAGGAGAAUAUGGAUUUACAAUGGUGCUGGAAUCAGGAGGAGGGCUUGCCUGCCCCAGAUGCAGUCUUCAUCCUAAACCUCAGUGAAUCUGCUUCUUUGCAAAGGGGUGGCUUUGGGGAAGAAAGAUACGAGCUAACAGACUUCCAAGCCAAAGUGCGAAGUAACUAUAAACUAUUGAAGGACCCUAAAAUAUGGAAGGAUAUUGAUGCCGAUAGAGAUGUUGAAAGUGUGCAUAAUGAAAUAUUGAAACUGUUUGAAGAGGUGCAUUCACAGGCUGUAAGUCAACCCAUAAAGACUUUAAAAAAUUUGACGAUAAGUCAUCAAAAUGGCUAUUUUGCUAAUGACCUUACCUCUAAUGGCUCAAUCCCUAAUGGAUCGAUUUGUAAUGGCUCAAUUCCUAAUGGCGCCAUUUGUAACGGACGUUGAAAUAAGAUAGUUAACAUGUGACCAGAGGUAUGUCUUGUGUAAAUGGCCCAUGUCUUAUUGGGCAGUUCUGUGUCAAAACGUGAGCAUAAUAAGAUGUGAUGUGGGGCACUAGUAUUAUAAAAAGCAUAAUGAUGUUGUAACUUUAUUUUUUUGUAAUGUUUUCAUGUAUUUGUUUUUUCACAAGAAGAUACCUGAAUUAAUAAUGAAAUAUACUUUGUAGCUGAAUUUA